AUCUUCAUCAUCCACUCCAUCUCUUUCUUUUUUUUCUCUCCCUUAAAUCUCAGUUUAACUUUGAUUCAAGUACUAAUUUCACCUUGAGCCCUAUUUUUCUAAAAUGGUGAGCUUUGUCGUGGAGAAACCACAGAGAAUGUCAAACGGUGUCGUAUCAGAGACCACAAGGUUAAGUAUCAUCCCUAACAACUCUUCCUCUGCUCAGAAAACGCUUCUCAAGAACCUCGAGAUCAUCAAUGGUGGACAAAGAGUCAACGCUUGGGUCGAUUCAAUGCGGGCUUCUUCUCCUACUCAUCUCAAAUCACUGUCUUCUUCUGUCUCCUCCGAGAAACAUCUCAGCUCAUGGAUCAUGCGGCAUCCUUCAGCAUUAGAAAUGUUUGAGAAGAUCACAGAGGCUUCAGGAGGGAAACAAAUCGUAAUGUUUCUUGAUUAUGACGGUACUCUCUCUCCCAUCGUUGAUGAUCCAGACAAAGCUUUCAUGUCAAGCAAGAUGAGAAGAACUGUGAAAAAACUGGCUAAAUGUUUCCCAACUGCAAUAGUUACCGGUAGAUGCAUAGACAAGGUGUAUAACUUUGUGAAGCUGGCUGAGCUGUAUUAUGCUGGCAGCCAUGGCAUGGACAUUAAAGGUCCAGCAAAAGGUUUCUCCAGACACAAGAGGGUUAAACAGUCUCUGUUGUACCAACCAGCCAGUGACUAUGUUCUCAUGAUCGAUGAAGUCUAUAAACAACUCUUGGAGAAAACUAAAUCAACUCCUGGAGUCAUAGUAGAAAACCAGAAGUUUACCGCUUCUGUGCACUUUCGUUGCGUGGAAGAGAAGAAAUGGAGCGAACUGGUUCUACAGGUUCGGUCGGUAUUAGAGAGAUAUCCUACGCUCAAACUGAGCCAAGGUCGGAAGGUUUUCGAAAUCCGUCCUAUGAUCGAUUGGGAUAAAGGAAAAGCUCUUGAGUUCUUGUUAGAGUCACUUGGGUUUGGGAACUCUAACAACGUUUUCCCGGUUUACAUCGGCGACGAUCGGACCGACGAAGAUGCAUUUAAGAUGCUACGAGACAGGGGUGAAGGCUUUGGCAUACUUGUCUCCAAAUUUCCCAAGGAUACAGAUGCUUCGUAUUCUCUGCAAGAUCCGUCCGAGGUGAUGAAUUUCUUGCGACGAUUGGUGGAGUGGAAACAAAUGCAGCCAAGAAUAUGAAGGGGAUGUAUAAUAAAUGAGCUAGUGACAAUGUUCGAAAUAUUUAAUGCCAACCAAUAUGUAUAUGGCUAACCUUUCAUGGAACGUUGUAGAAGGUGGGGAAAAAUCUUUCUUUAUAUGCCCCCUAAGGCUAAUGUUCUUGUUCAUCGCAUUUUGUUUUUGUAAGAAAAAAAAGAUGAACAAGACUAUAGGUGGCAAAUUGUUUUCGACUAAAUCUACUAAGUUUUAAUUAUCUUCGUAAAUAUGCAGACGCAUGUCAAU